UCCAACACUUCUGUCCAAGCAGCUUUGUUCUCCAUACCUUCUUAGCAGUACUUGAGAACUUCUGUUACAAGGACCGGACAAUAUAUGGAACUGGAAGCGUAGGAACAGAAGUCCAGACGCUGUUCGUUUCCAUUCACUUCUCAUUGUUCAUCACCAUGAAGACUCUCUUGGGACCGUUCAUAGCUUUUGGCCUUGCUGCUAUGGGCUCUUCUUUGAAGUGUGAAGUUUGCACUGGUAUCGGCACCAACUGCAGUGGCAAUACCAUGCCCUGUGAAGCUGACGAAGAUGUGUGCGUGACUACCAUAGCCCAAAACUCCGUUGCUGGAUUCCUGAUGCAGAUGGUGGUGAAGAAUUGUGGAUCCUUAGAUACCUGUAGGUAUGGACCCAAGUAUAUGAAUUUCGGGCAAGGGAAAAUCAUCCAGUCAAGUGUCAGUUGUUGUGAGGGCGAUGCCUGCCAAACAGAAAUCCCUCUAAUGCCACCAGCCAACACUGAGCCCAAUGGGAAUCAAUGCCCAGCCUGCUAUGCUUUGUCAUCUACCAGUUGCCCUGAUGAGACUGUAGACUGCCUUGGAUCUGAGGACCACUGUCUUGAUAUGGAAACGAGAGUCACUUAUGGAAAUGUUGUUCUGAACAGCAUCCAGAAGGGUUGCGUCAGCAAGUCUGUGUGUGACGAUUUGAAAAUUGGUGACACAGAAAUUACUGGGGGUACUGCUAGUGCUACCAUCCUAAAGAGUGAAUGCAAACCUGCCACCAUCAAGUCCUAAAUCGAGGCUAAAUCUGUGAUUUCCCAAGCAUUGCUCUGCUUCUCAUGGUGAAAAUUGCAUUAAUACACUACCUUUCAUUUCA